AUGGAUACGAAUAAUGGCACAGCAAUUAAGUUACGGAAACGAACGCCACUGGCUUUUUUAUGUUGCUUAAUGUGUAUUCCUUGUGUAGCUGCAAUUGCUAUUGUGCUCAGUUUAAUUCCAACAUACAUAUCAAGAAGUGAUUUCACUGUUACUAACAAUGCUUCACUCAGCGAAAUGAUAAGUGUCUCUUAUGGAACUAAUUUUAAAAGUACUGAUACAGUAGUAGCUGCCAAUGCUGACAGUUUAGCUGCUCUAUUAACAGCACAAUAUCCAAAUGUUAUUGUUACUACAGCCAAAUUUGUAUUCAUUUCAUCAGUAUCAACAAAUACGUACAAGAAACGACGAGACAUCGAAUCAAAAGCUCAACAAUGUACCAUAGAUUCGGGCACAUCAGGGGACUAUCUCUUUAUUAGAUUUAUAUUGAAACCUAAAUCUACAUGUCUCUCGAAUAAUUGUCAAAAGACAUUCCGUGAAACAUUGACAAAAGUUGAAACGGCUUUGCGUGAACAAACACAACUACUGCUGACAACGGUUAAUGGUUCAACAAUUACAAUUGGACUCACAUUCUGUUCGUUUAGUGAGAUUCAACCAGUUAUUUUAGUGUCAACAACUACAACGAUGCAAACAAUAUCUACAACAAAAGUCAUCAUACCACUAACGACAACAACAAUAACAACUACUACUACCAUUACCAGCACAACGACAACGACAACUACUACUACCACUCCCAGCACAACGACAACAACAACUACUACCACUACUACUACUACAACCACAACAACAUCUAAGCCAACAGGUGCUACUUGUUCUGUUGAUUAUACUAUAUCUGACGGCACUACUGGUUCUACUAAUUGUAACACCUAUUGUACUAAAGGUGGUUUUGACACUGUCAUCAACCCUGUUCCUGUUAGCAACGACGGCUCUUGUCGUACGUCUUUUUCCGGAACCAGUUUCGCGAGUAGCCGUCGUCGUCGAGGAAUGAUGACACCUUCCACAAUAAAUCUCAGUAAUAAGGGUAUUUGCACUUCUAAUACAAACUUUUAUUGUUGCUGUCAAGCAAAAACACCAGCGUGA